AUGUUCGCCCAGCAAUUCAAGGCCUUCCUUCCGCCAAAGAAUAAACUGGAACUUGCUGAUCCUUGGUGGGUGAUUCCCAGUGAGCUGAACAUCUUUACUGGGUACCUUCCCAACAACCGUUUCUACCCUCCGGCCCCCAAGGGGAAAGAGGUAGGCGAAGUGUUCAUCAUUGCUAUCAAUUGGAAGGCUAGAGAGUAGUAACGAUGGAUCAUGUUUUGAAUGUUCAGAGUGCUUCAUAGACGGCCUCCUUGCAAUCCCAUCUAAAUCUUUAUUGCUUGGCCAAAAGCCAUCUGCAGCUAUAAGAUAUAGCAUGGUAAAAAGUGGGACACCACUCAGCUAUGGUGAAGACACAGACUAGUAAGAGAGCCCAUUACUAUAUUCAAAGUAGAUAUUCGUACGUACACGUAACUCUCAACUUUCACACAUUUAACUUGUGCACAUUCAGUUUUAGGUGCUUGGCAAUAAAAUAAAAUAAAAUAAAAUAGAAGUGGGGUGGAAAGGGGGCAGACAGCAAUCCCACCUGCCACUGAAUCCAAUGUGCUUUGAUUAUAUGCGAUUUUGGCUUUAUGCGCUGUCCCCCAAAUGUAACCCCAGCAUCACCUGUGCACUGAUCUACUUAACAGAACUGCUGUAUCCCUAGUUUGAUGCUUGAGGACAUGGAUUCUGAUAACAGCCUCUACUUCUUGGGGGCUCAUAUUAGUGCUUGCUGGCAUUUGGAUAACAGCGUCAUGCAGACACUGAAAAAUGUGAGCAGCGCUGAUUCCUCAAUAGACACCCUUUUGGGAGCACCCCAGAUGCGCAGGGUGGUUCACUCAAUUCUAGCACGUGGCAUGAGAGGAAUUGGUGAAGGGACCUUCCUUGCAUGUGAUAUUUUGAGUUCAGUGGCAUCUGAACAACACAGAACAGUGAAAACAUCAGAUCCGUUUCCAGUCCUUGGCUGCCAUGUUCUGGAAAGAUGGAGUAUGGCAUGUUAAAGCUCACUAACAGCAAUAUUCAGAAUGCUGGAGGCUAUAAAGAGGCUAAGAAAACAGAGAAGGUGACCUUCCGUAGUCAGGUGUGGUUAUUGAACGUGGCCUUGAAGGGGAGUAGUUUUGGGGUCUUAGGUUCACUGGCUGCAACCUGCUGUAAUCCCCUGUACUUUCUCCCCCAACAUAGGUCAUCAUCCACAAACUCUUGAGUAUGUUCCACCCCCGGCCGUUUGUGAAAACUCGGUUUGCCCCUCAAGGAGCCGUGGCCUGCAUCCAAGCUGUUGCCGAGUUCUACUAUAAGAUAGCCUUCAGGUAAAGUUGCGUAAGGGGAGGGCGCUUGCGGUUAGACCGGUUGAGUAAAUGUUACCUUCGCAUAACCUUUGCCAUUUCCCCUGCCCCAUUUUCCUUUUCUGCCGUUUCUUCUAUGCUGUGGGCCUGCAGGCAGGGACUGCUUUUAUUUAAUUGACUGUAUGUAAACCACUCUGGGAGUCUUUUUGGCCAGGGUACAAAUGCUCAUAAAUACAUGAACUGUUCUUCCUUGAUCUGCUUUCCUUGCAUUGGUAUGGGCCACAUUUGUACAUCUGCUUCCCUCUGCAUAGAUACUGGCUUGCUUCACUCCUCCUUGCUCAUGCUGGGAGAAACAAACCAUGUUCCGUGUCCAAACCAGGGUUCAUGGGUUGUUUCACUCCAACACACCACAAGGGCUAGCUUAUUGUCCUGGUUUAUUUGUAGUGCAAAUCCCAGGAAUCAUGGGCUAUUUCUCCCUAGCAUGGGGAGGAGUGAAGCAGGACAUUCAACUCAUGCACAGUAAACCAUGGUUUAGAGCUUACUCACAGUGACGUGCUAUAGCUGCCGAUAAGCAAUAUCAUAGGAGUUGCAUGGACCUGUUGGAAAACAAGCCUUCUUCGGAGGAAGCUGGCAACUCUUCCAGGCUCCCGGCUUGGUCUCCGGUGACCUCCCUGGCUGCAAUCCCCGCAGGAUCCAGGCUAGGUCUCGAUAGGCGAUACUUCCCAGCGUGGGAAGUACACACCCACUCCCUCCCGCUUCCCUAGCAGGGAAAGGAGAUAGACAGAAACGUCUAUUUACAUGAUUUUAUUUUGACUUUUCAGCACUACAGAAAACAUGUUUGUUCACUUCAGACUCCUUCCAGCAAGUGAGAAAGACUUCCUGUACAUACGCAAGAGGAAGGUCUCAAAUUACACUCUGAGCAAAUUCCGGUACAUCGCCCUGUGAACUGACUGUAACAUUCUUUCCCACAGUCAGUCCCAUCAUUCCCAUCAUGUGAUGUUUUCAAGCUACCAGUUUGCAGCUGCGUUGCUUCCAUAUCGUAACAUGACCAUGUGGGUACUCCCCACAUCAGCAGUGUCCACUGUGGGAGCCGCUUGACGUUGGCAUGGGAAGCCCCCAUGUGAUCCAAGCAACCAGUGAGAUGCUGAGUUUCAUAUAUUGAUGCAAGAACACUACAAAGAUAAAUUAGACUUCAAACCAUAGUGAUGGCUGCAUCUUAGGAGGGAGGCCUAGAGUGUUUCCAACAAAAGAUAGAGCAGCUGCCAAGCAUACUACCCAUCUAGAAAUCUGUUGCAGAACUGCAAAUAUGGUAAAUACAGGUAGUUCUACUGUAUGUGCAGAUGUUGGUGGAAGAGAAAGCGUCCUUUAUGGGCGAGAGUUGUGGGGGACUCUAUGAUAUGGUCCCAUGCUUUUGCCCCCAGCCUAGGCCUCUCAUUCAAUGGCAAACACCAUUAGCCACAUAGCAGCUGGGCCUACUCUUGGCUUCUUAGCCUUCCUCAGGACACCUAAUUGCUUGGUGACAUUCUCUCUUAUUUUCUUCCAGGAUCCAUGCAGAGUUCCAGCUAAAUGAGCCUCCCGAUUUCCCGUUCUGGUUUUCCCCUGCCCAGUUCACAGGCUACAUUGUCCUUGCCAAGGACUCCUCCCACGUUCGAGAAUUCAAGCUGUUUGUUCCUAACAACAGGUGAGGGUUUCCCACUUCCAACAUCUUCUGAUUAGAGACAAAACCACAAAUGGCCUCUUUAACUUGAACAUGCAAGCUCCACACAUUUGAUUAUUUUGCAUUGUUCUACUUUAAGUCCAGCUUCUGAGAUUUACAUAAUAAGUGUUUUGGAAGUUGUUCAUUUGUAGAACAAGAUCAGCUUGGCUUAUGCUUCAGUUCUUAAUAGAUUUAAAGCUGAAGGGUUGUCUCUUUAAGAACACAAGACCUUACGCUGAGUCAGACAUUUGUUCCACCUAGCUAAGUAAUGUCGAUACGGACUGGCAGUGGCUCUCCAGUUUCAGGCAGCAGUCGCCCUCAGCCCUACUUGAAGAUGCUGAGGGUCGAACCUGGGACUUUCUGCAUGGAAAACAGAUGCUGUACCAGAGAGACCAGGCACUUCCUCUUUCUCCAGUGAACCUGCACAUGCACUUAUGUCAGGCCCUGCUCUGUGUCCCCAGGGCAGCUAAGAUUUGCUAGGUGAGCAGAAUGCUCUCCUGAGAGACACCCACCUAGCCUUAUCACUGCUGGCCUCUUUGCAAGGAGCAAAGGCAUGGAAUUGCAUUCAGCUAAGUCCUACUCCAGGUAAACCCAUUGAAAUGAAUAAACUUAAGUUAUUCAUGUCCAUUACAUUCAAUGGGUCUUCUCUGAGUAGGAUUAGCAUUGGAUACUGCUACUGGCAGUUAAUUUAUUUCAUAUACCUACAUACCGCUUUUAUCCCAAGGUGGUUUACGAUUAAUGUUUUAAAAUAGUAAUACAAACAAAUGGUAUAGAAUUUAGGCCAACAGACCAAAUGAACUGGUGGCGUGAGGUCCCUGGCCUAGACUUCCUUGCUUCUACCUUCCUCCAGGGCACACCCAUGUCUAAAGUAGCUAUCAAGAAAGAGGAGAGGGGCUACAUCCGGGAGGAGGCACCUAUGGUCAUCCAUUUGUUUUUGGACUACAGUUCCCAUCAUCCCUGGCCAUUGCCCAUGCUAGCUGGGGCCAAUGGGAAUUGGGAGUCCCAACAAGAUCUGGAGGGUCACAAGUUCCCCAUCCCUGGACUGCCCCCAACAUUGUUUCAGGCCACUGAUAGUCCUUCAGAAGCUGAUGGUAUGUUCUCCUUGUUUCUCUACUUCUGUCUUCCAUCAGGGUGCACAGGUAUUUCUUUAACCAUCAAAGGUAGAUGGCUAUUUGAGCAGGCAUUUAGCUAACUGUAAAUUGAUUCCAUGCUGCUUCCUUGGGAGGUCUGGUGUUUGGGGUCUUCGUUCGUUGUUUUUUAAUCAUUGCUUUCGAAUUGUGUUAAUUCAUUGUAACCUACCUGAAGGUUUCCAGACUGAAGAGCAAGAUAAAAUAUAUAUUGAUAAAAUUAACAAACAUUGUUUCAGCACAUGUGGAUAUCCUGCACCUGACUUCCUUUUGCUUUUUCUCACCAGGUCUCUCAAUGUAGACAUGGAGUGGCUCUAUGGUGCCUUGGAGAGCAGCAACAUGGAAGUAGAUAUUGGAUACUUGCCUCAGGUCAGUAGCGAGAAUCACAUUUGGACUGUCUGUGCCGCUGUAUUUACAGUACUGACUGAUUCCAUCUUAUACAUUUGCAUGCCUGAUUUGUAUUGUAUUCCAAAGAGUAUAAAGCGAAAAGUUUCAUUGUCUCCUUGGUUUUUGCAGGAAAUUUUGUUGAGUAGAAGGAGUGGCUAUUGAUAGUGGUUGGUAAUGAUUCGUUUUUAAAUAUUACAUUGCUUUGAAGUUUACAUUGUAGACUACCCUGGGAUCACAGUGAUGAAAAGUGGCUUAGAAGUUGAAUAAAUAAAUAGCAAAUAGAUGGUUGCAACCUAUCUUCUAGCCUUUUUAGGAAUGGACAGUAGCUUAGGAUCUGCUGGUAGAUCUUUAAGUGAUUUGAAGUAGAUUGACAAUGAUUUCUGACCCCAAAUUAUUUAACAAUGGCAAUCCCCACCCCCCGUUAAACAGCUGAAGUGGGAGAAAAACUGGUAAGCAGAAGUGGAUUUUUUGAAUAGAAAACAAAUUCUGGGCUCAGAAUUCUGUAAUUCCAAUCAUAUUUAUUUGGCACCUGGCUCAGUUGAACCUCAAGGAAUCUAGUAAAAAGAAAAAUGUGAAGUAGAUCCCACAAACCCAAUGUCUACUCACCGUGGCUCUAGGCUGCAUUCCACAUCCCUGCAUGUGAAAUCUCUAUAGCGCUGUCUGUUUUCUAGAGACCAUUGCAUGUUCACUGAGAGUUAAGUGCCUUCUGUCUUGCAGAUGGAACUGGAGUCUUUGGGGCCCUCGGUCCCUUCCGUGAUUCACGACGAAAACGGGAACGUGAUUGACAGCAGAGACUCAGAAGGAGAACCAAUUCAGUUCAUAUUUGAAGAGAUCACCUGGCAGCAAGAAAUAAGCUGGGAAGAGGCUGCCGGCAAACUGGAAGUUGCCAUGUAUCCAUUUAAGAAAGUAUGGAAAGAGCCUACCUUGCAUCCCCUUAAACGUGAUUAAGUUAUUCUGCCAGCACUCAUGUAUGAGAAGGGCUAAAUGCAGAGAGCCUUCCCAGCCUGAUUUGGUGGUUGUGAAAGUGACCAGGCUGCAGUUAUUGAUGUCUGCUAACACAGCAACCCAGCAGUUCUAUACAAGACUCUGGGAUCUUUUAAAUGACUGUCCAGUACAUCCUUUUGAUGGAUGAAUGCAAAUGUUGGCAGAGACCACAGAGGAAUAUUCUGACCGGAACCAGGUUUCACAGGGCACAGGCAGGACCUUAAGUGCUGCAUUGUUCAUCCUUCCUGUUAUCUUAAGUCCCUGGUGCCGUUUUAAAAAGAUGGAAGUGAUGGAGGUGUCUUGGAGGGCAUUUUUCUGCUGCAAGCAGAGCAGGAUACCCAGCAGGCUUAGUACUGUACUUACCUUAUCAGCAGAAAACACAAGACAUGUGUGGCUUGUGGCAGUUGAAACAAAGAGCAAAUUUAUAGCAUGAGCUGUUGAAUGCUAUUCUCAUUCAUCCAGCAACCAGAACUACCCUUCCACAUCUAAUUAAUCCGCUGAAAAAUGGGGGGGGGGUUGAGGGGGGGCAGAGUAUAGUAAAAGCAGCUUGUGAAAAAAUGUGCAGUUUGAAGGGAUUGUUUAUGGUUAGCUGUUUCCUUAAGAAGCCUGGGUUUCCUUAAAGGGGCUCAUCUGUUUGACCUGUUGUGCGACUUUUAAGGAUUGUAAUUAACCCAUCUCUCACUUUUAAAAAAAGUGUCGUCAUAGGCUAUAAAGCUUUGUAUUUAAGGACUAGCCUAAUAGUCAUAGGCAAGAAGGAAUUGGCUCAGAUGUAGCUAGAGACCAGAAAAAUCUUUUCAUGUACAAAUGGUAUAAUGCUCAGAAAUGGAAGGAGGGUACAAUACCAACAAAGGAGGAAUGGCAGGCGAAACUGAUGGAGGCAUUCAGAAAUGGCUAGUUUAACUAGUAGAAUAAGAGACCAGGAAGAAAGAACUUUCAAGGAAGAUUGGAAAAGAUUUGUAGAAUAUUUGAAAAAUUAUUGUAAGCAAAUUAAGGCGUUAGAAAGAUUAAGAGUAAAUUCAGCAGUAUAAAGUAAAGUGAGAUAAAACUGAGAAAGAGAGAAUACAGAAUAACUAGAAUAUGCAGCUCUAAAGGGUAACCAAAACCAUCCAUGGAAGGGGCAGGGAGGGAAAUCAAUGUUAAAUGUAUGGUUUGCAUUUUGGUAAAUGUUAAUGUGCGAGUGUGUGUGUGUAUGGAAUUGAAUGUAAACAAGCAAGCAGGUUGGUGAGGGAUGGACCAAGUGCUCUGUCCCUCAUGUUUUCAACUUUUUCUGUUACUUCUUUUGGUCUCAGGUUUCCUACCUUCCCUUUACUGAAGCUUUUGAGAGAGCAAAAUCUGAGAGUAAACUGGUGCACUCCAUACUGUUGUGGGGAGCACUGGGUGAUCAGUCAUGCUGAGGUAAGAGGGGCAUUUCUCAUCACAGUUUGUUUUUAAAGGACAUGUAAAAAAAUCCAAAUCCAUAUUAGGGCCACUAGUAGUAGUAGUACUAUUCCUUUCUCACAUAAUAUGAAAUAUUAAAAAGAUAGAAACAUAUACAUUAUACACAAAUAUAAUAAUAAUAUGUAUUGUUGGGUUCCCCACCCCCUGCCCCACAAGCAAGUGUCCUUUUUCUUUCUGUCUCUGAGCAGGUUCAGGGCGAACUCUCCGGGAAACAGUCCUGGAAAGUUCGCCCAUCCUCGCCUUCCUGAAUGAGAGUUUUAUCAGCACCUGGUCUCUGGUGAAGGAGCUGGAGGAAUUACAGGUACGCAUUCAGCUGCACCAGCUUAGUGCCAAUGGAUGGUGCUGGCUUGUCAAUACAAGGUGGUGGUGGCAGGUCAAGAAUGGGUGCAUCAAAACCCCACAAGCAACCUCACUAGCACCUAUUCUAGACAUCCAAAGAAACUAGAGCUGUCAAUUUUGGACUAAGUGGGUGCUUUUUAUAACUGAAAGCAGUUUAAGACACGGAUUUGUUUUCCACAGGCUAAGAGAGAGAACGAGGUCAACAGCAAACUCGCAGACCUGCACCUUGAAAAGUAUAACUUCCCUGUGGAGAUAAUGAUCUGUCUGCCCAAUGGCACUGUGGUAGGGCUCUGACUCCCAUUUUUCCUUUGUUAAUUCCUUCUUUUAUGAAUUUGUGGUGUCUGCUGGGGAUGGCAGUUGUCUCCCUCUGAUAUGCUUGCAGCAGCAGCAGCUGAGCAUCUAACAGCUGCCUCUCAAAGCUGAAAAACAGUUUCAUUUUGGAGCAAUACAAAGUACUUGUGCUAAGCAAGGCAGUUACAGAUUGAAGCUGUCAGGGCAUUUUGUAGUGAUUGACUUUUUCUUGUCCUUUCCAAAAACUCAGGAAACAAGGUCCACAAAAAGUCAGUAGGUUCACAAAGCGUGCUUCUUAAUAGACACAGAAUAUUUCCGUGGGUACCAAAUGGUAUUGAAGAACUUGGUAGAAUGUUACCUUAGAGGAGGAGAUAAGACUGAAUGAAGGUUUAGGAGAGAGUUCUGUGCUUCAUGUUGCAAUGUUUAGUAGGCCACUUCAUGUUUUUAAAUAACUUUUAGAAUACCCAUAUCCAGAGCAGUUCCAAAACAUUUUUUCUUUACUUGGGAGCUAGGUGCUCUCUCCCUCUCCUUCUCUCUGUCUUUACAUACAGAGAAGCUAGACCUGAUCAGGCAGCCAUGAAAGAUUCUGGUAGGCCUCACUUACAGAUAACAGUUGUUUUACUAAAACCAUACUCUGCUCAGGCCACUUCUCUGCAUUUUCCUGGAUCCCUGAAGAAUCUUUCACAUUCCACAUUUCACCUCCCAUCUAAUAAUAAUAAUAAUAAUAAUUUUAUUAUUUCUACCCCACCCAUCUGGCUGGGUUUCCCCAGCCACUCUGGACAGCUUUCAACAGAACAUUAAAAACAGAAUAGAACUUCAAACAUUAAAAACUUCCCCAAACAGGGCUGCCUUCAGAUGUCUUCUAAAAGUCAGAUAGUUUAUUUCCUUGACAUCUGUUUGGAAGGCAUUCCACAGGGUGGGUGCCACCACCGAGAAAGCCCUCUGCCAAAUUGUACAGGCACACAUUUCUGGUUCACUUUUUGCCCUCUUAAACCAUUUAUUUUAUCAGGGGUUGAUUUGAGAAAGGAAUACAUGUAUUUCCACUGUCUCCAUUUUUGAAAGCUGGGGAAGGGAGCAGACUUUACCAGUAGCCACUACAGGCAAGUGGGGCCUGGGGACUGGCUGGCUUCCCUUGCCCUGUGGCUCCCAAAGAGGAGGAGGUGGAGGCCUCUUUUCAUCACCCUCAGCAGCAGCCACCUCUGUUUAAAAUUGAAGGGCAUCAGCCACCUUUGCCUUGAAGCAGCAGGUGCUAGAUUUAAACAAUGCAGUGCAUCCUGCUCCUUGGGAGGGCAAGGCAAAUGGGCUUCAACCUCCAUCCACCUGCAAUGACUUCUGGGAGAAAAGAAAACUAACGUAGGGAUUGAAUGGUCUUUUCCUAAGCACAUCCUCCCAUUUCCCAGGUCCACCACAUCAAUGCCAACUACUUCCUGGAUAUUACUUCUAUGAAGCCCGAAGAAGCUGAGAGCAGCAUCUUUAGUUUCUCUGCCAGUUUUGAAGAUCCCUCAACAGCAACUUACCUCCAGUUCCUGAAAGAAGGACUUCAGAGAGCAAAGCCGUUCUUGCAGGCCUAA